GCAUCCUCAGCCCCUGGUCUGGGCCCGGGUCCCUCUCUGGAUGAGGGUUUGUCACGAGGGGGAGGCAGAGCCUAUGGGGGUCUGAGACUCACAUCUGCUCUGGGAGGUCCCAGAGCCCCAGUCUCCUGGUCAGGUCCUUCAGGAAGAGCAGAGUGAGGCCCCUUAGAGGGGCUGUUCCCCAUCCUGUGCAACCGCAGAUGAGGAACCCCUACUUGCCACAUGGACAUAGAACUGGUCACAUCCUCUGCAUCUGUUUGUGCUGCCAGAUUCUGUCUGUCCUGCCAGGCUCUGUGGACUCACAUCGUCUGCACCACAGGGGACAUGGGAGGCAGCACCCCGACCCUCAUGGUCCUUCUCUGCCUGGGGCUGUGUUGGGGCCCACGGGACAAGGUCCAGGCAGGGACCCUCCCCAAACCCGCCAUCUGGGCCGACCCAGGCCCCGUGGUCCCCGUGGGGAGCCCUGUGACCCUCUGGUGUCAGGGGUCUCAGCAGGCGCAGGUCUACCAUCUGUACAAAGAGAGGGUCUCUGGAGCCGUGGAGACGGAGCGACCACACAGCUCCAGCGACAGGGUCGGCUUCCACAGGGAACACACAAGUGCGCACGAUGCGGGACGAUACCACGCCUCCUCCGAAAACAGCACCAGCGCCUUCUCCGAGAGGAGUGACCCCCUGGCCCUGGUGGUGACCGGAGCGGGGACCCCACCCUCCCUCUCAGCCCAGCCCAGCCCUGUGGUGGCCUCAGGAGGGAACGUGACCCUCGCCUGCAGCUCACAGAACAUAUCGGGCACUUUCCAUCUGCUGAAGGAGGGAGACUCAGACCCGCCCCGACAAAGAAACUCAAGUUUUCUCCAGGGGAGACACCAGGCCCUCUUCCCCGUGGGCCCCUCGAGCCCCUCCCACGGGGGCACCUACAGAUGUUACCAUAAUUCCUACUCCUACCCCCUCAUGUGGUCCGCGCCCAGCGCCCCUCUGCGUCUCCAGGUCACAGGAGCGUACGGGGAGCCCUCCCUGUCGGCGCAGCCGGGCCCCCUGGUGCCGUCUGGACACAGCCUGACCCUGCGGUGCGGCUCGGGGGCCGGCUUUGGCAGGUUCGCUCUGACCAAGGAUGAGGGGCGCACGGGCCCCCAGCGUCUGGACGGGCAGCACAGCCCCGACUUCCCCCUGGGCCCUGUCGCCCGCACCCACGGGGGCCAGUACAGGUGCUACGGGGGACACAACCUCUCCCACGUGUGGUCGGCCCCCAGCGCCCCCCUGGACAUCCUGAUCGCAGGAAUGGACCCGAAACCCUCCCUCUCGGCCCAGCCCGGGCCCACCGUGUCCCCAGGGGAGAACGUGACCCUGCAGUGUCGCUCUGACGCCCACUCGGACACCUUCUACCUCUCCAAGGAGGGGUCGCCUGCGUCCCCCCAGCGCCUGCUUCUGCAGGACACAGCUGCCCCCUCUCAGGCCCUCUUCACCUUCAGGGCUGUGACCUCAGCCCACGGGGGCACCUACAGGUGCUACAGCUCACACAGCGCCUCCCCCUUCCUGCUGUCACACCCCAGUGACCCCCUGCGGCUCCAGGUCUCAGAUGCCUGGGAUGCUGGGUAUGUAAGAGUCCUGACCGGGGUCUCAGUGGGCUUCAUCCUGCUGCUCUGCCUCCUCCUCCUCCUCCUCUUGCUCCUCCGACAGCGGCGUCAGAGUAAACGCAGGAAGUGGGCAGAUGCUGCCCAGACAGACACACAGCCUGAGGAGGGGGUGCAGCUGGACCCUCAGCAGAGCAUGAACAGUGAAGAUUCCCAGGGGGUGAUGUACGCCCAGGUGAACUGUAGAAGACGCCAGCAGGGAGUGACGGCCUCUCCUUACCCCCUGACGGAGAAACUGCUAGACAUGAAGGACAGACAAACCGAAGAGGCUGCCACAUCUGACGUCCCCCAGGAGGAGUUGACCUAUGCCCAGCUGAACUGUUUGACCCACAGACAGGGGACAGCACCCAUUUUCUCCCCAUCAAAGGAGUCCCCAGCAGAGCCUAGCGUGUACGCUGCCCUGGCCAUUCACUAGCCCGGGAAGGACUGGACCCCACACUACAGGGGCAAGACACAGGGGCCCCGGAAGGCCCAGGAGCUGCCCCCACAGACGCACCCUACUGACCCCAGGCAGCCUGACUCCUAAGACAGACCCCCAGGGGCUCCUGGAACCCUGUAGCAGUCGCCUGACUCCGACAGCAAAGGUAAAUAACAUCCUCACAUUUUGGAGAUAAAGCAAUGGCUUCCCAUUAAUUGAUGCGUGUGAUGACCUCCAAGCAGAAGUGAGAGAAUGUUGUAAGCUGAAGGGCAGAAAUAUUACAUUAGAAAAUAAAAGCCUAAAUAUUAUAUCCAGAAUUUUUAAAGAACAGCAGACUAUUCCAAAUGAAGGUGAAAGGAAAGAAAUAAUAAUGAUAACAAUAGCUACUAAUGAGGACAAACAAAAGUAGAAAAAAUAAAGCAAAAAAAAAAAUAGUUCUUAAACCAUUAACCACACUAACAAAUCCUCACCACCAUGGCCGAAUGCAAAAGAAAGGCAGAUGUUACCCUUAUCAGGAUGCUCACAGACUGUGACCAGAGAACAGAACACAGAGUACACUUUUAUGUCAGAAAAGUCAUGACUUAUUUUUUCUGUUUUCUAUGCAAAAAUGCAUGACGAUUUUUCCGACAGCCCAAUAUUAGCAAUGUAGUACCAAAAACCUCAAAAACAGAAGGGUACAUAGGACAUCUGAGACGCCACAUAUAGUAAGUAUAUACAACUUAAAAUUUUCCUGCAAAGUAAAACACUGCGUCUGAAAAGAUUCACUCAUGAACUGUGCCAGACACGUGUGCACCUAGGAAACACACGCACUCACACACACGCACAAUGUGCAUAUCAAGCUGACACAGCCUCUCCUGAGAAUGGUGAAGGGAUAUUUUCCCCAGGACAUCGUGCUGUCCAGGAAUAAAAUGCUGCCAAAACUGACAAAGAAGCUACAACGGGGUGGGCCUCCCUGGUGGCACAGGGGUGAAGUUUCAGAGCUAUCAAGUUACUGGCAGCCACUGUAGCACUAUAUGAUCCCCGGCCAGCUGACCCACAGGGCGCAGCAGACCUCUCCUGUCUCCCCGCUGCUCCCCUCAGCAGUAGACUUCAGUAGAUCCACCUGUUCUGCUCCCCUCUCUGUUUCCAGUGAAUCCUUUCAUCACCCCAUACCCCUGGCACCUCUGGCCUGCACCCCAAUCCUGGUAUGCAUAAAUAAAUAAAAACAAAUUCUGAAAACAAAAAGAAACUGCAAUGGGAACAUCACAGGAAGCUCUCCCUUGUGGACUUAGGAGUAGAGUCCUAAACAAAUACUUGCAAACAAGAUUCUACAAUACAGUAAAUGAAUAAUAUACCAGGACCGUGCUGGCACGCUUUUUUUUU